AUGAGAUGUCCCGAAAGUGAAAAGGAGGCGAACAUGGACCUAAACAACAAGACAAUUAUGGAAUUGGAGAGGAUGUGGUGCUGGAGGCUGAUCGUCCUGGCGGUGGCGAUCUCAGCCGAAGAGGAGCACUUUCUCGACGUGAAGCAGAUUGUCAAGGGUCGUCCGGAUUUGCCAGUCCUAUUCUCACCAGAUGCUGAUGUUUCGGUUUUAUAUAGAAGAGAUAAACAGCCGGUAAUGCAAAGCUUGCCCAUACCGCAACAGAAUACCAGCGCGGAAGGAGAGAAGAAUCCUGAAGACUUCUACAGAUUGUUUCAACUGCCAGCCGACAUCAUGACCAAGCUGGCAGAGGAUGCUGGCUAUAUAGAUCCACGGACAACAACAAGUGGGCCAUGGAUCGUGCGCAGGUGA